GGACGCCUGGACUCCAUUAGGCAGCAGCUGGGGGAAGAAUCAACACACCAGGGAGCGGAGCGGGACCGAAGACAGAGGCGGCAGCUGCCUCCGCUGCCGCCGCCGCCGCCGCCGCAGCAGCCGCAGCCGGGGCUCAGCACAGCGGCAGGCUCCCCCCUCCCCAGCAGCGGCCGUCGCCGCCCCAGCGGCGCCCCCCCCCUACGGGAGCGACCCCCGGGCCGGGCACCCCAGCUGCCUCCGGGAGGGGGGGGACAGGGCCCAAAUCCUCCUCCUCUUCCUCACCCCCCCUUCUCCCUCCCCCCCUCCCCGCUUCCCUGUCCCCUCUUCCCUCCCCCCCUCACCCCGGCCCUCUCCCCGUCCCCCUCCUCCCCUCCUCCGCCUCGCCCCACCGGCUUCCCACCACGGCCUCUCUCGGCGAGGAAACUCUGGCCUCCGCUUCCUCCUCCUCCGACUCGGACACCGGCGGAGCCUCCCCGCCCCCGCGGAAGAAACCCCGAGCCUCGGCGGCGGAGGGAGCAGGAGAGCCCGGGGCUUCGGCAGGCAGAUGGUGGGACUCCCCGCGGCUGCUGCCCCUCCUGCCGCCGCUGCCGCCCCCCACCGCAGUAG